CCGAGACGCAUACAGGCCCGUUAUUAUCAGUUCCUUCACCAUGGCAGAAGUUCCAGCGUUAAUUAACAUCUGCGUGUCGUUAAAGAUCCAGCCCAAUGACGGCCCGGUGUUCUUUAAAGCGGACGGCUCGCGGUUCGGACAGACCCGGACUAUAAAACUGCUGACGGGCUCCAAAUAUAAGAUGGAGGUGGUGAUCAAACCGGGCAGCGUCGAACCCGUCACGAUGGGAAUCGGCGGAAAAGGCUUUGAUCUGGAGCAGCAGUCUAAAGAUGAAGAAUCUGCCGUCUAUCACGGGUUUUACGACACUGAGGGCGUCCCUCACACCAAAAGCGGAGACAGACAACCUGUGCAGGUUUCCAUACAGUUCAAGGAGGCGGGCGUCUUCGAGACGGUGUGGCAGGUGAAGUACUACAACUACUACAAGCGUGAGCACUGCCAGUUCGGCAACAAGUUCAGCUGCAUCGAGUACGAAGUGAAACCCAACGAGACGCGCAGCCUCAUGUGGAUCAACAAGGAGAUCUUCCAGUAAAGCGCAGCCAUCGCGGCAUUAACGGAUUCAAGCACAGCACGGCAGCACUACACCUGUGUGAACAGUAACCAUCACUGGGCAGUUUGUGUACUGUGUCAUAAUGAUUUCAAGAUGGUGGGAACCUGGUAGCAUGGCUAACUCUUGCUAGCAAAGAGGAGAGAACCAGGGGUGAUCAGGAGUAUAAAUUUUUUUGUUGUUGAUUUGACUUUUUUUUUUUGAGUCAGGACCUUUUGGCUGAACGCUUACUGCUCUUACAGUGUACAUGUUUUUCGUGUGUGUUCUGUGUUUACACAUAUCAACGUUAGUUAGUCGUUAGUGACACUAACACUACGUUCAGACUGCAACCUGAAACGACCCGUAUCCGAUUUGUUGUGAAAUCCGAUUUUUUUUUUGUUAGGCCGUUCACAUUACCAAUUAUAUGAGACUUGUAUGCGAUCUCCAAUAUGAACGGAAAACGACCCAAAAGUGUCCCGCAUGCACAAAUUGACACGUAAUAAGCACAUCUACGUAAUACGUAAACAAAAAAAAAAGCGCACUCUUCAAGUUUAAUGAUUUUUUGUUUGUUUGUUUGUUUGUUUAAGUAUCUGGUUAGUGUUAAAGUGUGAGGUCUCGUGUGUGUUUUUGUUUCUGAACUGAAAUGAAAACGUGUAGCCUGGUAACGAGGGUUGACUCCUAAAUGUCUCUCUAAUUUCUGUAUAAGUGCACUACAUGUUACUAGGAAGUAAUGGAUUUUUAAACUCUAUAUAGUGCACUCGAGCUUCAGUAGGCAGUCAUUUGGGAUGCGGCCGCUGUAUUACCAAACUCUUAAUUCAGGCUUAAUAAUUUGCACAUAUUUAUUUCGUCAUAUUAAUAAACUUUUUUUCUACAUUUUUAUAAAUAUUUAUUUAGAUUGUUUAUAGCCAGCUAAAUUCUGCAACUUCUCUCAGCGCUGGCUCAAGGUGCAGAAACACCAGUGCAGUUUGCUAUGGAGACGAGGCGAGACCUGGCGAUGUGGUUUUUGUGGCGGCGGCGGAACUCACACAAUAAUCUGAUUAAUGUGGGCAGCAGACUAAUGAGACCGAAGGUGUCAAAUUACUGGAAAUUUCCAGAACAAUCUUAUAAUCUUGUAAUACAGGAUGGUUUAAGUUAUAAAUCAGUUAUAGAAACUGUUUUAUUUAAUCAGGCUAACAGAUCAACAUCCAGGUCCCUACCAAAUCCACCAUUAGCUUGAUCAAUUCUAUAAAAGUCUAUUUAAAUUCUGAAAACUGUACAAAUGUUGUUGUUUUCCACCAAAGAGGCGGGAUUAGCCAACGCAGAAUAGUGACGUUUGUCUCUUGUUGAUGACGUGUAGGUGGCAUGAAUGCGACCUGUCCGGUCAGACUGCAGUCGCAUGUGAAAAUAUCGGAUAUGCAUCAGAUUUAGGACCACAUAUCCAAGCGGCCUGGGUCGCAUGUGAAAAAAUCGGAUCUGUGUCGUUCAGAUUGUCAAUAACAAAUCGGAUACAGGUCGCAUAUGGGCAAAAAAAUCGGAUAUGGGUCGUUUCAGGGUGCAGUCUGAACGUAGUCACACUGACAUGUUUUCUGAUAGUGUGUCAAAUGUACAGCAGAAAUCUCCGACACAUAACCCUGACUCACUCGAUGUUUUUUGUUUUUCGCACCAUUCCGAAAUCGCUCCCUACUAUAUAGGGCACUAUAUAGUGAGGACGCCAUUUUGUAGUGCUGUCCGAAACCUUAGUGAGGAUUAUUUACACCCUAUAUAGUGCACUCAAAGUAUCCCACAAUGCAUCACGAAAAGUAGCGUACAACGACGGUCACUAACCAAAGCAAUAUAUCCCAGCAUGCAUUGCGGUCGUGCUGAAAGAAAUCAAAUUAAAAGUCUCAAAUGUGAUUUAAUAAAAGGCAGCGGCAAAGAAGAAAGUAUUCAGGCUUGAUUUUUAAAAAAUGAAAGCUGCAGGUACACUACCGUUCAAAAGUUUGGGGUCACUUUGAAAUGUCCUUAUUUUUGAAAGAAAAGCACUGUUCUUUUCAAUGAAGUUCACUUUAAACUAAUCAGAAAUCCACUCUAUACAUUGCUAAUGUGGUAAAUGACUAUUCUAGCUGCAAAUGUCUGGUUUUUGGUGCAAUAUCUCCAUAGGUGUAUAGAGGCCCAUUUCCAGCAACUCUCACUCCAGUGUUCUAAUGGUACAAUGUGUUUGCUCAUUGCCUCAGAAGGCUAAUGGAUGAUUAGAAAACCCUUGUACAAUCAUGUUAGCACAGCUGAAAACAGUUGAGCUCUUUAGAGAAGCUAUAAAACUGACCUUCCUUUUAGCAGAUUGAGUUUCUGGAGCAUCACAUUUGUGGGGUCGAUUAAAUGCUCAAAAUGGCCAGAAAAAUGUCUCGACUAUAUUUUCUAUUCAUUUUACAACUUAUGGUGGUAAAUAAAAGUGUGACUUUUCAUGGAAAACACAAAAUUGGCUGGGUGACCCCAAACUUUUGAACGGUAGUGUACUUUGUAUUGAUUAAUGUGGGAAAUGCGCUCAGUAUAAUAUGGAUUUAUCACAAAAACACACGCAUGUAUUUAUUAUUUUGAACGAAAACCCACCAGCCGACUGAUCCGGCACGUUUUAAUUGUGCGACAGUAACGACGUAAAUACCAGCGCGACGGAGUAGUGUCCGAAAGCGUUUUUUCAUUUUACCAAUGAGCUCACUGUAUAGUCCUGUAUAUAGUAAUUCCCUAUAUAGGGAGAAGUGAGCGAUUUUGGACACCGGGAUAGUCAGGGCAGGUUUAUUUAUGAAACCCAAAAUUACAAAUAUAUCUCAGGAGCAAAUCAAGACCAUUCUCCAGGUUGUUCAAUGGAUUACGCUUGGUCAUUUCACACAUCUGAAAAACAAAUAGCUCUUGCUGUUCGAACUAUGAUGGAGGGAAACCAUGACCUAAUGGCUCGGGAAGCAGCUUUCGGACCAAAUGUGUGAUUUUAUUUUUAUUCAGAAGACCCACGUUACACGGUAUGAAUUGGAAAACUAAAAAAAUAAAAACUACACUUAAGGAAACAGUUAGUGAGUGAUUCUAAUAUAAAAAAUGUAAAAAAUUAGCAGUGAUGUCGAUUAAAAAAAACAAAGCCUAAUUAUUUACUACUGGCCCUUUUCCACUACCCUUUUUCAGCUCACUUCAGCCCGACACGGCUCGCGUUUCGACUACCUCAGAGCAG